AUGUCUUUCGCCCGUCGCUUCGUUUCGAACUCCGCCCAUAAGAUGUCCAACCAGCCUUCGGGCCGCAUCACCUUCAAGCUCUUCGACGACGUCGUCCCCAAGACCGCCGCCAACUUCCGUGCUCUCUGCACUGGCGAGAAGGGCUUCGGCUACGCCGGCUCGGGCUUCCACCGUGUCAUCCCUGACUUCAUGCUCCAGGGUGGUGACUUCACCCGCCACAACGGUACCGGCGGCAAGUCCAUCUACGGUGAGAAGUUCGCCGACGAGAACUUCAAGCUCCGCCACGACCGCCCCUUCCUCCUCUCCAUGGCCAACGCCGGCCCCAACACCAACGGCUCGCAGUUCUUCAUCACCACCGUCCCCACCUCGUGGCUCGACGGCAAGCACGUCGUCUUCGGUGAGGUCACCAGCGGCCAGGACCUCGUCAAGAAGAUCGAGUCCCUCGGCUCGCAGUCCGGCAAGCCCAAGGCCGACAUCAAGAUCGCCGCCUCCGGCACCUGCUAA